AAGCGUUCAAACGUCUACGACUGAAGUGGAAAAAACACACAACUCUGUUAUAGCCAGCAGAUUAUUAGAUGUCAGGACUCUAGCCGGGAGUCUUGUCUUUAGUGAGGACAGAAGACCUCGUUUUGAGUUUUAUUUCUGGCGCUACGUUUUAUCCUCGUAUGCGAUAUGUCUCCAGUGGAGAUCAGACGUUUAUUUAUUGUUGUUUGAGACGUAGCCGACUGGCUAGCUGGCUAACUCCCCCUUUCCCUUAACUACGAGCUAGCUACUUGGCGACAGUGGUGUGAAAAUAUACAGAAAUCCGGCUUUGGCAGGCUGUGGUCAAGAGAACGACAUUUGACAAUGAAUGGUCUUUCUGUGAGUGAGCUAUGUUGCCUGUUCUGUUGCCCCCCCUGCCCCAGCCGCAUUGCUGCCAAGCUUGCCUUUCUCCCCCCUGAACCCACCUAUGCCCUCGUGCCUGAUCUGGAGGCCGGGCCGGUACCGGCCGGACCCACGGGAACGUCGGGCCUUCGCUCUAGGAGUCUAGGUGGUAGUGGGAGUUCAGUAGGGGGAGGGAAUGUUACAGGGGAGGGGCGCUGGAAGCUCCAUCUAACUGAGCGGGCGGAAUUCCAGUAUUCCCAGCGGGAAUUGGAUGUCACGGAAGUGUUUUUGACUCGCUCAAGUCGAGGGAACAGAGUUGGCUGCAUGUAUAUACGCUGUGCCCCCUCGGCCAGGUUUACGGUCCUGUUCUCCCAUGGUAAUGCUGUGGAUCUAGGCCAGAUGAGCAGCUUCUAUAUUGGCUUGGGCACUCGCAUCAACUGUAACAUAUUCUCAUAUGAUUACUCCGGCUAUGGGGUCAGCACGGGAAAACCGUCAGAAAAGAAUCUGUACGCAGAUAUAGACGCAGCGUGGCAGGCUCUACGCUCACGAUAUGGCAUCAGCCCAGAGAAUAUUAUCCUUUAUGGACAAAGCAUUGGCACGGUGCCGACAGUGGACCUGGCAUCCAGAUACGAGUGUGCGGCCGUGAUUCUUCACUCCCCUCUCACCUCUGGCAUGAGGGUGGCCUUCCCCGACACUAAGAAGACUUACUGUUUUGACGCAUUUCCUAACAUUGAAAAAGUGUCUAAAAUCACAUCUCCUGUGUUGAUCAUCCAUGGGACUGAGGAUGAGGUCAUAGAUUUCUCCCACGGCCUGGCCCUGUACGAGCGGUGCCCCAAAGCCGUGGAGCCACUGUGGGUGGAGGGAGCCGGACACAACGACAUCGAACUCUACAGCCAGUACUUAGAACGCCUGCGUCGUUUCAUUGGGCAGGAACUGGCUGCACAACAUCCCUAAACUCUCCUCUUCCCUUUCUUUUUUUAACUUUCAUCCCACCAUCCCCCUGUCUGAACAAGAACGAAAUGGAUGUUCGUAACUUAUUGAAGGCUGCCAUUUUGUAUGGACAUCUUGUUUUCGGAGCAGCUCGACACAGACAGUCUGCUGCUCGGAUUUGUUCUACGUUUCCUUUCCCCCCUUUCUUUUCAUCUCUCAAGUUUUUGUGAGCAUGCAUGUGCGUGCGAUUGCGUAUGCAUGGGAACUCUAGGGGAUGGAAGUGGAAUUUCUUUGGGGCAUGGAUGGAUGGAUCCGUCUUUGCCUGUUGAAGUCGUUCUCUCUGCUCUAAACAGGAAAUAAGAUCGACGCAGUUCUGUACCGCCAACCUGAGCUUUCGUUUGUCACUUGCUCCCAUGAUGAAUCAGCCAAGAGAUCUUCACAUCCCAAUUUACAUCAGGCAACCUAAAAUAACUCACUGCCAGUACACCUGGCAAUUUUUCAAGCCUGGGUUUUUCAAGCCUUGACCCUGCCGGAGGGAACAGAAUAAACAGGAUAUUUGGUGGUGGAUGAUUUUAAGUGUCCUAAACUGCAAAGAUUUCUAUCUCUCCUUGAUGUCACCCCCCUUUUUUACUAAUUAAUUAAUGUAACCACUUGACUUCCCGGGAUGGCUGUUUUGUCCAUGUGCAUGUUUUUGUUUCUCUCACCAAUUCCCUAUGGGAUGCUGAUUCUUUCUCGAUUUUUUUUCUCUGAUCCUAUUAUGUAAAAGAUGCACUAGGUUUGGGUGAGAAACACCUGGUGUAGUCUGCUCCAGGCAAGGAAAGCUUGAAAUUCUGGGACACUGGCCUUUGUCCCUAGCAGAUCAGUCAAUUUCUCUUGCUGUCUCAUACCAUUCUUAGUAGUAAAUGAGGGUGUCUGUAACACCCUGAGGUGAACCGGGAACGUUGCCCAGUCUUCAUAUUUCAAUGAAACCACUGCGGUUGGGAUUCAUCACAUGAAACGCAGUACACCUGCUGCUCUCUGAGUAAAGCUAAUUCAUGUCCAGAUCCAUACGUCAUGUUUAUGAACUGUCGAGCCAGUACAAAGACUGAGGUUUCAUAACCUCAUUGGGACUUUCCUUAAGCCAGAUCUUUAUAAAAUUUUGGCACAGAGUUUCCACAUUUCCACAAGACGGAAUGAACCUGUUAGAGAAAUAAAAAAUAUAUUAGCAUUUACUUACCCUCAUGUUAGUCCUUUACUGGCUUUAACGUGUCACACAAGACUUUUUUUGUAAUAUAACGUCAUGCUUGGUCUUUUUCUAUUUAAUAAAGGUGGAUGAGGACAGCGGCUGUAAGACUUAUUUUGUAUGCAUAACUUAAAUGUUGGUCCUUUUUCUCAUAGAGAGAGAGUUAAUGUAUGGUUAUGUGUUUUAUUGGACUUUUUAUUGUUUUGGAGUUUGACAGCUUCAGUCCUCACACACUUCGAUUAUAUGGAAAAAUAAUCACCUUUCAAUGUUUCCAUGUAAUAAGAUUUACAUGAGUGUAAGUAAAUCAUUAAUUUUUAGUUUUGGGUGAACUAUUUAAACCGGUGUUGUGGAUUAAUUGUGUGAAAACGAGUAACGCACAAAACAUGGCAGUAGCCAGUGUCUCUUCUGAUCCCGGUGUCAGUGACAUUCAACUCUCAGCCAGUUUUUCCUGUUUGUGGUUUGACGUGAAUUAUCUCCCUGCGAUGAAAAUGUUACGUACUCUCAUGUACUAGUUUGCAUUCAAAUCUGAGGUCAAGCUGUAAUCUCAUAUAUCUGUUUCUUUUGGGUUAUUGUAAUGUUUGUUUUUUAAUGAAUCAUAAAGUUGUUGCAAAUGAGAGUCAUAAAUCAAAUUAUGUAAGACAUCAUUUAUUAUGAUUAUAAAAGAUUUUCUAUUCUGUUUCCUUGUCAGAUUACUGGCAAUAGGGAAUUUCUGAAUCUAAAGGCUGUGGGAAGGUUUACAAUUAGAAAGAUUGUAACUGACAUUAAAGGCAAAAUUAAGUCAUUUGAACCUGUUUAUGUGAUAUGCCUUUCCCGUCUCCUUUUAGCGCUUUCACCUCUAGUCAAGCUACUCCUAUUCAAAGCGUUUCUCUUUGAUGUGGAUGAAGCUGUGAGACUUAAAGAUAUCAGGUUUUAUGAUAUGAUAUUUCAAAUCAAGAAGCCAACAGGUUCCCUAAAACAAAGUGCUGGGAUCAUCAUGUCUUUCUUUCAGACUAGCAUUUAAACUGUGAAUUAACAAAAGAGCUGCUACAGAUCGAUUGAAUGAUCUCAAUGAAAUUAAUAAAGGGCCAUACCCAGUUAGCAUUUGUUGUUUUCUGACAUGUCAAAGACUACCAAGCCCUUUCAUUGAGAUAAGACUUCAAUUCCCCGUUUGGGCAGGAUUAACUUUUGCCUAUUUAAUACAGUGGGAUGUUGCUUUAUAGCUAUUCUAAACUCCUCAUAAUAAUUCAUUUAGACUCACUAAGUUGUAUAAAUUGUCAGUGUGUUUCUUGCUAUUCAUAUUUGGAGUUAUUGGGUUUUUUUAUCAUAAAAAAAGAGUUGUCUGCUUUUGGAGGAAAUCAUGUAAUAUGUUCCACAUUUCUCUUUUCAACCUAGUUUCUUUCUUUCUGGUUACCCACAAAUCCUUUACUGGUACCAAGUUUUGAUUUAAGUUAUUCCACUGCCACACAAAGCACAGUGCUGUCCUGUGUUUAAACUUAAGAAAACACACUCUGCUUAUUUCCAACAAAUCUGAUUCCAUGUUCCUCGUGUAUUAGGUUAUAAAAAUCUGUUGUUUUAAACAAAGGGGCUUGUUCAUUCUCCAUUCUAACCAAAGAUGACAGGUGAUGGCCACCCACUGCCAUUUGUCACAGCUCAGAUGUGGACUGAAAAGGGAGGGGCCAGACUCAAGCUAUUCAAACAGAGCCAGGUCUCACACAAUACAGUCUGCUGUUAAAGCCGUCGUGAAGAAGUUUUGGGUGGACUCUAGUACGGCACACGUGUUUGGAGGACUGAAGCAAUACUGACUGAAUUAGAGGACAUAUAUGGAUGCUCUGUGCAAAGGGAGAAUCACCCAGAGGCUUCAUCUAAACACAUUCAGAUUCACAUUUUUAUUAAGAUUUUCUUGUUUUAAGAAAAUGAGUUAUAGAAAUGUCUUUUUAAAACUUUCAGAUGUGUGUACUGUAUAACAUUGUUUGAGGAUCUUAAUCUUAAGACCAUGAUUUUUUUAUCUUAGUGGGUCGGGAGCCAGAGUCAGGGGUGUUGUUCUAUCUUAUAAUGCAUUAGUCUAAUGUUGUUGUUGUUUUUAGUUUUAAAGAUGUUAUUCCUUUUCGAGAAUUAAUUGAAAAUAUGAGAUCUUCGAAAAUAAAAGUAUGAAUUGCUAA